AAUUCACAUGAAUCACUCUUACUUACAGAUAUUAGUGAUCUUUGUCACUGCAGGCAUAUGACUACUUCCUCACCUUGGCCGACGAGGUUGCAUUUUUGACUCAGUCACGAUGGAAACGGGCGAAGCUGCUUUACAUUGGCUGCCGAUACCUUACCUGCGGUUACUUGUCAUCGGUGAUGCUUGUGGCAUUGCAACCCAGGAUGUCGAUUGAGACGUGUCACAGGUUGUACUAUAUAAACACAUAUACAGGAUGUACGAUCAUGGCGUGUGCCGAGGGUAUCUUCUUGACUCGCGCUUGUGCAAUUUGGGAACUUAGGAAGCGCGUAACGGCUAUGCUCGUGAUCAGCGGAUUGCUAUACCUUCUUGCUACUCACGUGGUGCUCUCAAUCAGCCGAUCUGCACCUAAGAUUACUAAGUCUCCCAUCCCUGUCACGAGUUGCUUUGAGACUGGUGAUGGCAGCACCCUCAUAAUCGUCUACGUUAUAUUGGCUACGAUGGAGAUACAAAUAUGGAUAUUUAUGCUAUACAAGGCCAUAGCAAGCUACUGGCGAGAGGGGACCCACAAUCGCCUGUUGGGACAACUGGUUCUCCACAAUACGAUUUACAUGACCUGCGGACUCAUCUCCUCACUCGCAGUCAUAUUAACGACAGCACUUUUCAAGGAAUAUUAUGGUUUCAUGAUUGUGAAGUUUGUACGCAUCUGGCAAGUUACUAUUCAUGCCUUUCUUGUGACAAGGAUGUCUCGCGGACUCUGGAAAGUAGACCAGCAGCGUGCUUCAUUAGAAUCCUUACAUACAUUUUCACCUGAAGCAGUAACUCAGGUGUGAAAUUCUGUCUUUCACUCCUUUCUCUUCAUCCUUUUCGAGCAAUGAACUGGUAUGUUUCUCACCCGUCACGACAUGUUGGAGGCAUGUCGUGGUAUCCGUCGAAA